CUGUAGACAUCUGAUUUCAGCGAAUGGUAUAAGAGAUCUUCACAAAAUGGCAGAAACUAUGGUGAGACCGAGGCCGCUCGGCGACCUACGACUUCAUCUUCAAGUAGAUACUAAUUCUGGAGCAAACAAUGUGCAGGAUAUAGUGAAAAAUCGGCGGCAACGGCUGAUGAAACUCCCAGUCUCGAGAGGACGAUUUGAUGUGGCCAGCUUUCAAGAUCACAAAAAUUCAGGAUUUGUGAAAUAUAACGAUGACACCCUUGCUCCAAACCGAGACAAUUAUCCAAUCAUUGAUCCCACGAGUGGGUUCGUGUCGGUUGCGGCUGAUGUGGACAGAAAUACAGGGGUCUCGCAUAUCCCGAACAUGCAGCAAUCGGACAAUACCCCGAACACGGUCACCCCGCUCUCGCCACGACCGACAACAACUCUUGCUUACAGAGACAAAGUGAGGGAGUUGAACUCCCAGAAUCCUUUGAGAGCUUCGGCCCCCGCUGCCUUACAGUCUGCCGACCCUCAGCUGCAGAAGACAAGACUUUUAAAUGAUCCUGGUACAUGGAAUAGCAAGAAGAUCAGUGACGCCAUGAUUAGAGCAAAACUAGGAGGAUGGACAAGUGAUGCAGAUCCAAGAAAAAUAGAGAAAGAACAGGACCUUAUAUGGCAGCAGAUUCAUUCAAAAUCCAUUAAAAACCAGGCAAAUGUAAUCGACAAAGCCGAAGACUGGAAAGAUGAAGCAGCCCUAAGAUAUGUCUACUUGCCUUCUACACAGAGAUCAUACGAAGGUGUGAACUGGGAUGCCAAGUUAGCCCCCAAGGUCUUACCCCCAGCUACAACCCUGGAGAGACAACCUGACCCUGUCUCACAUCGCUUCAGCGUCAACAAACGAUACGAGUCAGGUGCACAACCAUGGCAGAAUCUUGGAAGAUCAUUUGACAUGUUCCAGAUCAGAGAUGGAUUUCACAUCAAGGGACCCAUCGAGUUCUGCAGCCCCCAUCGCAAGAACUACCAGAUUCCCAACUACACCGGUUUCGUUGGAGGUAUCGGUGAGAGAGACCAUCCUCAGCAAUACUUCUUUCCUUCCGCCGUCCAGAGGACCAGUCUACCGUGGUACACAGACACUGCAAAUCGACCUAACAUUCCUGGCUAUACUGGCUGUACCCAUUGGAAGUCAGAGAAACCAGCUAAUGUGAAUGUACCCGUCCCACCACCACAGACUACAGCUAGAGUACACAGGAUUGAUAGAUACGACCCCAACCAGUCACCGUUCAAGAGGACGUCAAGGAUGUCCAAGAUGGUCACUUUGGUCCCGCCGUGCAACCCGUUCAACAAAGUGGACAACAAUGAGAGAACACUAGAACAGUAUAGGUAAAGGUGUUAACACCAAACAAUUAUUUGUGUAAAGGUGUUAACACCAAAACAAUUGUUUGUGAUAAGGUGUUAGCGCCAAACCAAUGUUUAGGUAAUGGUGUUAGCACCAAAAUGACUCUUUUUGUAAAGCUGUUAAAAUCAAGACAAUUGUUUGUGUAAAGGAGUUAACACCAAAACAAUUGUUUGUGUAAAGGUAUAAACACCAAAACAAUUGUUUGUGUAAAGGUAUAAACACCAAAACAAUUGUUUGUGUUAACCCCAACAAAUUGUUUGUGUAAAGGUGUUAACACCAAAACACCAAAACAAUUGAUUGUGUAAAGUUAUCAACACCAUAAAAAUAGUUUAUGUUAAAGUUUUAACACCAAGACAAUUGUUUGUGUAAAGGUACACAAAAACAAUUGUGGGAAUUUUUUGAUAAACUCUUGGGUUUGUAUUCUGCUAAUUCAGUAAGACCUGACACUAAGUAAGACCUGACACUAAAGGAAAACUUAGACCUCAGAUUAGCUUCCUUUGUUAAACCUUAUUUUGGAAG